UCUACAGAGUCUCCAUGUGAAAACUCUGAACUACACAAUGACUCUUAUUAAACUGCUCCUCGUUUUUGUGAGUACACUGGUAGUAACACCUGCCAAGAACUCAGUUUCAGACGAAUACGCUGACUAUAACAUUCCGUCACCGGAUCCAGCACUCUGCACAAAGAAAACUGAGGGCUUGGAAUUCCCAGUAGAAUUUUACUGUAACCUUUACUUCAAGUGCAAGAGAGGGGUGUUCGAGCUGAGAAAAUGUUCCAAGAACCAUAGAUAUGAUGCUGAGGACAAAGAUUGUAAAAUUGAUAGGACUUGUAACAAUGUGACACCUAGAGUUGUUGACUCCAUCACCUACACAGUCCCAACUUCAUAUGCGUAUCAGGCAUCGUCCAAUUCUUACCAGUUCAAUCCCAGCCCUUACCAACAACCAGGCUUUGGUCAAUAUACCUACCCAUCAUCAUCUGCAACUACAGACCAACAAAUUGGUUAUAAUCAGUACCCACCACCAGAAUCAAGUGCUGGUCAACAACCAGGCUUCAAUAAUUACCCGCGACCAGCUCAACAAACUGGUUAUAAUCAGUACCCACCACCAGAAUCAAGUGCUGAUCAACAACCAGGCUUCAAUAAUUACCCGCGACCUGUUCAACAAACUGGUUAUAACCAGUACCCACCACCAGAUUCAAGUGUUGGCCAACAACCAGGCUUCAAUACAUACCCGCAACCUUCUCCUAGUUCGAAAGAACAAACUACAUUUGACACAUAUCCACAAUUUCUCUCAAGUCCCAAUCAACAGCCUGGAUAUAUUCCAUAUCAACCAAACGCGUUACCUGGUUCUAAUCCAUACCAACAAUUAGUUCAAAACCCCAAUCAACAGACUGGAUAUGACCAAUAUCAACAGCCCAAUUCAGUUUUAAACCAACAGAAUAUGUAUAUCCCAUACUUACCAGCUAAUCAACAAACAGGCUACAAUCCAUAUCCACGGCCUGCUGCUAGCUCAAAUCAACAACCUACUUAUAAUCCAAAUCAGAAAAAUGCACCAAGUUCAGAUCAACUGGUUGGUUCUAAUUCCUACCUAAAGCCUGCUCUAAGCCCAAAUCAACCAAUUCGGUACAUUCAAUACCCACAACCUGCAGUGAAUUCCAACCAACAACCUGGAAAUAAUCAAUACUCACAACCUGCAGUGAAUUCCAACCAACAACCUGGAAAUAAUCAAUACCCACUACCUCCUGCGAGUUCCAACCAACAACCUGGAAAUAAUCAAUACCCACAACCUGCAGUGAGUUCCAACCAACAACCUGGAAAUAAUCAAUACCCAUUACCUCCUGCGAGUUCCAACCAACAACCUGGAAAUAAUCAAUACCCACUACCUCCUGCGAGUUCCAACCAACAACCUGGAAAUAAUCAAUACCCACAACCUGCAGUGAAUUCCAACCAACAACCUGGAAAUAAUCAAUACCCACAACCUGCAGUGAAUUCCAACCAACAACCUGGAAAUAAUCAAUACCCACUACCUCCUGCGAGUUCCAACCAACAACCUGGAAAUAACCCAUACCCACAACCUGAAGUGAGUUCCAACCAACAACCUGGAAAUAAUCCAUACCCACAAAAUGCACCAAAUUCAAACCAUCCUGCUUCCAACCCUUAUCCUACAUUAGGUGGCAAUAGCUAUCCAUCUUCCGCAGCCAAUACCAAACCAUCUCCUAGUAAUCCUGUUAUUGAUACUGCCCCAACUUCUAAUCAAUAUCCACCUUCUGGCACUAAUCGAUACCCGGCUUUCUCCGAUAAUUCUGGUCCUGCUCCCUCCACUUAUCCAGUGGCGGCUCCUCCUAUCAAGCCUUCCACAGCUUCUGCCACGAACCCCGCCCCUUAUAAUAAUCCAAGUAAUGACUAUAAUAAUCCAAGUAAUGACUAUCUUCAAAACCUGGAUGACCUUUUCAAUAAUAAUUUCCAAGCUUUUCCAAGCGUACCUCCAAGCAGUGUUAAACAAGCCCCUGACAAUGCUAACAACCUACCGCCACCUAAAAACAAUAACGACAAACCAUUUGAUCUGUAUGGACUGUUCAACGAACAAGCGCCGUCUGCCAACAUUGCAGCGCCGUCUGCCAACCUUGCAUUGGUUAACUAUCCUGCAAGCACUCCUGCUCCAAGUUCGAACAUUCCUGGAGUCUAUCCGUGUAAUAAAUCCUUAGAGGGCACGAAAUAUCCAGUCACAGGAGUUUGCAGGGGCUUCUUCAUUUGUAAGAACGAGGAAUCUCGUUACGAUCAAUGCGAUACUUACAAGAGAUUUAAUAGCGCCAUUAACGACUGUGUUGAUGACCCAACUUGUUACUAAAAAACACACAGAGACAAGAAUGAACAGUUUUAAUAGUUUUAAUGUAUUCUUAUAAUGUAACAUUUAUAGAUCUUCAUAAAGGACUAUGGGCUGUAGACGUCUGUAUACAAUUUGUUUAGAAUUUAGAUCAACUGUGUUGUGAUGUAGGCUUCUACAUUACACUCAAUGGGAAAUUGUAAUAUAAAUAAAAUAUUCUUUAUCAACAGCA